AUGGAGCCCGAGUCCCUCAGCAAGAGGCACAAGCUGGGGACAGUGUCGGGCGUCUACAUUCCGGUCUGCCUGAACAUCCUCAGCAUUCUCAUGUUCCUGAGAUUCGGGCUGAUCUUGGGUCAAGUUGGGCUGCUUGGCAUUCUGGGCCUUAUGCUCAUUGCUUACACUGUUGACUUCGUCACAACGCUCUCGCUCUCGGCCAUUGCGUCAAACGGAGAGGUCAAAGGGGGCGGCGCCUACUAUCUGAUUUCGAGGUCGUUGGGGCCCGAGUUCGGAGGCUCUAUCGGCGUUCUCUUCUACCUGGCACAAGUGCUUAAUACGGCCCUCAACGUCGUUGGCCUGAUUGACUGCAUCAAGCUCAACAUCGGCUAUGCCAUGCCUAUUGGAUAUUGGUGGGACUAUCUCUUUGGCACCUUGGCCCUGCUGCUAUGCACUGGUCUUUGCCUUGCUGGAAGUUCCAUCUUCACCAAAGCAAGCAACGCGCUUUUGGUGGUUUUGACUAUUUCCACCCUCAGCAUACCCCUUUCCGCGGUGGCGAAGCCGGCCUUCAGUGAUCCGGACAGGGCGAUCGAGUUUACAGGCGCCAGCAUGGCAACCCUCCGAUCCAACCUGCUGCCUCACUUCGACGGCUCGGAGUUCAACGGCUUUGCAACCUUUCGCGAUCUAUUUGGCAUCUUAUUCCCCGCAACCUCGGGCAUCUUCGCUGGUGCCUCUAUGUCGGGAGACCUGCGGAAUCCCAGCAAAGCCAUUCCAGUCGGCACGCUGUGGGCCAUGCUCUCCACACUGGUUGCCUACUUGCUCGUCGUCUUCUCGUUGGCGUCGAGCACGACCCAUGCCUCGUUCCUUCUCAACCCGAAUAUCAUUCAGGACACUAACAUUUGGCCCCCGGUUGUCUUCGCCGGAGAAAUCGCAACUACAUUCUUCUCUGCUUUGAUGGGCGUCAUCGGGUCCGCCAAGCUCAUGCAGGCUCUGGCCAGAGACAAGCUCUUCCCGGGCUUGUCGCUCCUCGGCAAGGGUACGAAGAAGGCGGAUGAGCCUAUCCUUGCCAUUCUCCUCACCUACGUCGCCGCACAGAUGGCUAUGUUUGCAAACUUGAAUCAGAUUGCUACGCUCAUAUCAAUGGGCUACCAGAUGACCUUCUUCGUCAUGAACCUUGCUUGCUUUCUCCUCAAGAUUGGUUCUGCUCCCAACUUCCGUCCCGGUUUCAAGUUCUUCAGCUGGCAGACUGCAUUUGCCGGUAGCGUACUGUCCGCAGCCGCCAUGUUCUUCAUCGACGAGACAUAUGCCACUACUGCUGUCUGUCUCUUGGUCUUCCUGUUUCUCCUGAUCCACUACCUGAGUCCACCGAAGCACUGGGGUGAUGUGUCCCAGAAUCUGAUUUACCACCAAGUGCGCAAGUACCUCCUGCGCCUCAAGCCAGAGCACAUCAAAUUCUGGAGACCGCAGAUCAUCCUCCUUAUCAACAACCCCAGGCGACAGACGCGGCUGAUACAAUUCUGCAAUUCUUUGAAGAAAGGGGCACUGUAUAUCCUCGGCCAUGUCAUCGUCACGGAUGACUUCGCAGCAGGCGUCGCGGAGGCAAAGCUACAGCAAGCGGCUUGGACCAGGUACAUCUCCGAGUACUCGAGAAUCAAGGCAUUUGUGCAAUUGACCAUGUCGCCUUCAAUAACCUGGGGAGUGAGGAACCUGGUGCUCUCGGCCGGCCUGGGCGGCAUGAGGCCAAACAUCGCUGUCAUGGGCUUCUACAAUAUGGACGAUUUGCGCCGUUCCCAACCGACACUGCAAAUCCCCGAAGCGCCAGUGUCGCCUGCACCGAACCAGCAAGGCAAAUCAAAACCUGAAGCCAAAGUCAGGAGGAGACGGAGACAGGACACGUCCUCCCGUAUCCUGGAAGGCCUAUUACCCACCGAUGCGAUCAAAACGGAAGAGAUGAUGUCGGUAACAGAUUACCUCACGAUCUUGGAGGAUCUGGCGUUGCGCUACCGCUUAAACGUCGCCGUUGGCAAGGGGUUUGACGCCUUGGAGACGCCGCGAGGGGACGGCAGCAACACAAAAAAGUACAUUGACCUGUGGCCGAUCCAGAUGUCGGCAGAACUCACUGCGGAUGGCAAGAACGUCCUCACCACCAACUUCGAUACUUACACUUUGAUCCUUCAGUUGGGUUACAUCCUCCACACCGUUCCCGCGUGGAAGAAGGCAUACAACCUGCGGGUCGUCGUGUUUGUCGAGUAUGAGAGCGAAGUCGAGGAGGAGCGAGGCCGAGUCAAGGCACUACUGGAGAAGCUGAGGAUCGAUGCUCAAGUCCUAGUGUUCUGGCUGGCGUCCGGCAGCCUCGCAACUUACGAAGCCAUCAUCAACGGCCACUUCAAGGACUCGGAAACCGAGAACCUCGUCAACGAGUGCCUGAAAACGCAGGAGUGGUGGAACGACUUACAAAACUACCGUGGAAGUCAGGCGAUGACACAGUCUCAGGAGUUCGCUUCCAUCGCUCAGGUCAUGGAGUCCACCUCCGGCAGGCCGGGCCUCUACAACCCACACAGCAGCAGUCCCUCGGAUGGCGGGGCAAGACGGCGCCAUAGUCUGGCGCAGCUUACCGAGCUGCCGAAGAAGCCCACCGUGUCUCAAUUUGCCAAAUGGGGCGUUAGUAUGGGGAUCCAUACCCAAAACCUGCCGUUCAAUGUCUUUGACAGCUCGGGCUCGGAUGCUGGUUCUGGGAGCGAUAGCGAUAGUGACGGCGAUAGCGACUCGUCGGAAGAUGGCGCCAUGGAGGCGUAUUCCAGCGAUACUGACAAUGUGCCUGCCGGGGGCGAGGAAACGGCCAGGCGUCCUUUGCUGGCUGCUGUCCGCCGAAGGAGGAGUUUUGCGGACGUGUUUGUUCGCCCGAAGAGUCCCCGAAGGGAGAGGAAGUUGAAACGAGCACGAUCACCGGUUCAGAGCUCGUACGGGACGAUCAUGCCAGACAAUCGCGUCGGCAGUGAAUCGGGACUGUACUCGCCAAGGAACAGCAGAUCCGGGCCGGAUUCACCGCAGACCCCUCGAGGGAUCCUGAAGUCGGAGAGGCCGGCUCUGUCGCGGCACAACUCUACGGCCAUGAGAUUCUCGAGCAACUUGGUCCCUCAGACGACCAUCACGAAUGUCGACGGGGCGGGGCCUACGAUCAUGUUUGCCCAGGCAGAGACUCGCGCGGAACGGCCGGCAUUCUCAAGACAGUCUUCGUUUGGACGCGGCACAGGCACAGAACACGGUCCCGGCGAGGAGAUGUCAGGCGACAAGAGAGUCACGUUUGCCGAAGUCUUGCCCGGUGUCAAGUCCCCGGUCAGGUCACGACGAAGCUCGGCAUCGAAAACGGCGGAAAGUGACGGCGACGCCUCGCUCCAUAUGGCGGAAAUCAUGGCCUCUUACCAGCUCUUGGAAGAGGCAAGCGACAACGAUGGGUCGAGCUAUUCGACGCAAGCUUUGUCGCUGUCCUUCAACGACCUCCCCAGCCGGGCGCAGCACUUGAUCUUGAACGAGCUCAUGCGGCAAAACAGCAGCGACGCUGCUGUGAUAUUUACCACUUUGCCCAUCCCGGAAGAGAACACGUGCAAGAGCGAGGAGGCAAGUCUGGCGUAUUUGUCCGAUAUCGAAGUGCUCUGCAACGGGCUGCCUCCAGUGCUGCUGGUGUUGAGUAACCACAUGACCGUCACAGUCAGUCUCUGA